GAUAUUGGGACCCCACAGGCCAUAACGGUAGUCCUUCCCAACCCGCAGUGCGCGGAGAGGCCUCUGGUUCGUGUUCGUUCUUUCUGUGGCGGUUGUUUAUCCUGUGAGGAGAGCAGCUCUGGGCAUUUUGGGAGGACCAUGCAGUAUGGAAAAUCCUACAUGUGAAGAUUUCAGUCCGUUCCCAUUUUAUAGUACUUACAUUAGACCAUGUUGUGAAUUGGCUCGAGCACAAUUCGUAAAGUGUUCUUCAAAGAAAUAUAAAACAGGUGAUAUCUGUAAAAUAUGGUGCGGCAAGCCAGUUCAUGAACUGCAGAAAUACUGUGACGUGAUUAAAAUAUGCACCUUUAGACCACUGCUGUUUGUGCCCCAGUGUGACGACCCUAAUAAAAGUCAUGAUCCCAGUGAUUGCCAAUUUGGUGAAUUAAAUUUGGAGAGGCUGUAUCAAAUUGAGACUUUAGAAGAUGUUACUGAUAUAGCCAGAAAGUUUGUGAAUGAUCCAUUUUUCAUCAAUGGUAUAUUGAAAAUUGGAACUGAAAUAGACAACAGAAUCUUCAGUAUAGUGGAAGCUCUUGACUGGGUAAAAUAUGCAGAUGACAUUGGUAUUUUACAAAAAUUAGAAAAGCUUGGUGAUUACUGUUGGCCUUUUCUAGAAAUUUUCUUUGCUGAAUAUAAGCAUCAUAUAAGUAAAGUUGUGUUGGAAGAUUACGAUUUAUUGGAAGCGUACGAAUCUCAGUACUGUGAAAACUGUGUAAAGAAAAGUGAGAUUAUGAAAAAGCGGGGAAAUGAAGCAUUUGCUAAAGAGAAGUUUGAUGUUGCUGUUAAUGCCUAUACGAAAGCUAUAGAAUUAUGGCCUGAAAAUCACCUCCUUUAUGGCAAUCGAGCACUGUGUUUUAUUCGAACAGGACAAUAUAUGAGGGCCUUAUGUGACGGAAAGAGAUCUAUCAUUCUGAAGCCCAGUUGGCCAAAGGGGCACUAUCGAUUUUGUGAUGCUCUGUCUCUCCUGGGAGAAAAUGCAAAAGCUCUACAGGCAAAUGAGAAAGGCCAGGAAUUGUGCAAAGACAGUCCUGAAGGAAUUAAAGAUCUUACUCAGCAACAUGAGAAAUUGAAAAAACAAAUAGGAGACAUUAGAGGUAUGAAACAAAAUAAACACAGAAUGAAGAAACUGGGCCUUCAUAAAAAUUUUUCAGAAUCUUCGUCAGUUUAUACUGAAUCAAAGAAAUUUGACAUUGAAAGGAAAAAGCAACCUGAUUUACAUAGCCACAUCUAUCAGCAAAAGCAAACAAAGGUGCCAACUAAUACAUUAAUUAAAGAAAAUCAGGAUAGACUUUCAGAAUCUGCUUCAGGACUGAAUGAAAAUCCAAGGAAACCAAAGAGCAAAAUGGGUGAUUCCGAAAAGGCAAGAGACCAGCUGAAUUUGAAAAGUGAACAGAAUGCAUCUGGUGGCACUGUACAGCAGAUGAAUGCUAUAACUUCUCUGGAAAGUUUGAAGACUCAUAUUAUGCAAGGAUGUACAUCUUUGAUGGAUCAACGUUUCCACAGUGCUGAAAAAUCCUUUGUACUUUUAUUGAAUAGUAUAGAUUCAUUCCAUCUAAAGAAAUUCAAUCUUACUGUUGUUGAUAAUGUUAUAAUCAUUUAUGGAUAUGCCACGUCUCUUAUUGGAAUAGGACAGCCUGAGGAAUUAACCAAGGCCAAAGACCAGUUCAAUAAUAUAAUUGAGCAGUAUCAGAAAGUGAGAUUUGAUUGCUUAGCACACUAUGGAAUUGGAAAAGUAUAUUUAAGACAAAAUCGGUUUUCAGAUGCACUGGAGCAGUUUAUGAAAUCGAAGACCAUGGUUAAUCAUAAAAUGGUUCCUGGUGUAUUGACGUGGCCUACAACUUCAAUAGUUAUUGAAGAGACAAGGAUAGAGAAAUUACAAGUAAUAUUGCAAGAUUGUAUUGAAGAAUGCAAGUUUCCUCCAAAUCCAGAUGCCGUUUGUAGCUAUCAGCACUGCCGAGCACAAAAAAUCAAAAUCUAUUUUAGUGAUCCAGAUUUUAAGGGUUUUAUACGUGUUGCCUGCUGUGAACAAUGCAUAGUGGAAUUUCAUGUAAGCUGUUGGAAGAAGCUGAAAGCAACAAGAUACAGUGAUAAAAAUGACAAGGAUAUUCUUAAAGAGUUGUGCCUUACUCCAGAUUGUGGAGGACUCAUUUCUAAAAUUGUCAUCAUCGAUGCUUCUGGUUUUGUCAAGUGUGAGUUUGAGCAAAAAAUAAAAAAGAAGACUCUACCAAAACCUGUAGUUAAACAAAAAUGCUCCAGUUCUAAGAACAUAGAAAGAAAGCAGCAGAGAAAAUUGAAGAGAAAAUUUAUGAAAGAAGAGGUCUCUGUCCAAUUAAGAGAACUUGCUGAAGCAUUUCAUAGAGAAGACUGUCCAGCAAGAGAUGCUAGCAAAAAAGCAAAUCUUGAGAAUUAUUUUCCUGACGACUCGGUUCUGCAGCUUAUUUUACGGCAUUCUGUGAACAUACGAACAGGUGUACGCGAUGCCUUCAAGCUUCUUAAUGAAUUGCUUUCAUGGUCGGUACUUAGUGAAGAGAAUUGUGCAGAAUUUUCUACAAGUUGUGGAUCAUCAACUGAAGUAAUGGACCAGCUCAUACACUUUUUAGCUACUAAAAAUGAGAGAGUGAAGACAAGAAUUUUUGUUCAUGUUUUAAGUGAAUUUGAAGAAAUAGAACCUAAAUUACAUGACUGGAUGAAACACCUUGAAAAUAAUGGUUUAAAAGCUACAGAGUCCUUUAUCCCUCAGUAUGGAUUCUACAUUUUACAGGCUGAUUUUAAAUUGGUUGCAGUUUUUUGGGAUGAGAAAUAUGGUAUUAAACUAGGCAAGAAGUUUGGCUGCACAUCAGAAGACAUGGGUGAAGAACUAGAAUACCUCGCAAGUCUAUCAAUAAUAGAAAAUCGUUACUUACUAUGGCUAUUGGAAGAGAACAGAGAGCAUUUUCCAUUUUAUCAUCAGUAUUUAGAUGACUAUUUCGAUAACUGGGAUAAUCCUUUUACUGUAAUGAGGAAGGAGGAAACUGAAACUACUCCAAAUAAUGCUAUCAAAGUUAAAAACAGAAAUAGAAAAAAGGCAAAAGAAUCAAAGGCUUUUCUAGUUGUACCUGGUGGAGUUAGUACAAUAGCUCGAGAAGAAGAUAAUAUAUUUUCAGAAGAAAAUACCCUAGGUUAUAUGAAUUCACAUGAACCGUUCAGAAUUCCAGAUAGUCUUCAUGACCAGGUGGAAAUAUUUGAAUCUUUAUAUAAUAAUGGUCCUUCCAGUAGCAGUUAUCAGAGAAUUUUGGACAAUUAUCCUGAUCCAUCACGUGAAAGCUUAUAUGAAUAUUUUUCUCAAAUCUUGGAAGAACAUGGUCCUAUGGAAAUUGAUCAUCCACUAUUAGUAGGAGAAUAUGAACACUUUCCUGCAGACACUCGCAAGAUUGUAGAGGAUGCUGGUGGUCUGAAAUCUUUUCUUUUGGAAUCCUUACAUUUUGUUAUGAUGGGCGAUCUUAUUGGCUUGAUGAAACAUGCAGUUAUGCUGAAGGAAAAUGCAGAUGUCACUGGACUUGGUGAAAGAACUAGAAAUGAGGAAAAUGACUCUGCCUGCUCACAAAGUGCAGAAAUUUGUUCCCAACGCAAACUACAUUUAAACCCAGCUGCAAAAGAAUUCAAGCCUACCUCAUAUUUUAAUGAAUGUUCUGUGGUAGUUCCUUCAUUUCUAAAUGCAGCUCAUUUCAACUGCAAGGAUUUCAACUGCAAGGAUGAAACACAAAUUUUGUCAGAUAUUUUGGUGCAACCUGAAUUGGAGUGUGUAGAUGAUGAUGAUUACCUUGAUUCUGACAUAGACACAAUAUUGGAAAGCAAGUACAGUGUUGGUAAUCAUGUGACAAUUGACGAGGUGCUAACAUCCCCAAAUCCUCAGUUCACUCCAGUGGAGUCUGACAUUCAUGUUUCUGAAAAUAAUCUUUGUCAAUCAGAGAAUCAUAGUAAUGAAGCUACAAAAAUGGAAAAAGAGAAUAAGACAAUAACAUGGAAUAACCCCCGUUCAAGGAUGGUUGCUGUCCAGGUAGAUCAAGAACAGACAGACAAGGGAAUUAAUACUUUACCUCUUUCUCCAUAUGAGACCCAACAAGGAGAUAUGUUACGUAUGGAAAAAGAACAUCAUGUACUACAAGAACAACUCAAAGAAGCAAGUGAAAAAUAUGAACAGCUUAAAUGUCGAAGCUCUGAAGAAAUCAGUGUUUUAGAAGAUGAAUUAACCCUUCUAGUGGAUGAAAACAAGCUCACUAAGAGAGAACUGGAUUGGAUUCACCAAAAUGUGGAAGAGGAGAUGAAAAAAUGGCAACAGGAGAAAAGAGAAAAUCAAGAGAAAUUAAAAACAGAAAAGAGUAAAGUAAAGAAGCAAACAGAAAUCAAUGAAACAUACCUGAGAAACAUUGAAGAAAAGGAUAAGCAAUACAAACAGUAUUUGGAUAAGUUCCUUGAGAUCAGUAAUACGUUUGAAAGUGAAAAAGUAAAAAUGGAAGCGCUUAUAAAGAAGAGCCAUGAUGAAUAUCAAGAAUGUAUUAAGCGAGCUGUUGCAGCAGAGAUAUCAGUUCUUCAAAAUUGGAAAGAGACUGCAUUAUAUAAAUUAUGCAGAAAAGUAACAUAUGCAGAAGCCAAUCUCAAAUAUCUAAAGUUUAUGACCAGCCGUUCCACAGUGCCACAAUCAAAAUUACAAAUUGAAUCUUGGGAGGCCUAUAUUUCUAAUAUUAAGGAAAAAAAUAGAAAAGCUGAGAAUGAAUUUGAAGAAAAAAUUUGCAUGGUGAAAAGUGGUGCCCUUUUAAAUAACAUUCCCAUGGUGGAAAUUGCAGAACUCCAGCCUCCUAGUGGUUUGCCAUCAGCAACAUGUGAGUGGCCCCCUAUUAAUGAUCCAGCUAUUGUAAUGUAUUCAGCUACAGCUCCAUACUUCCCUACUCCAUUAUCUAAUAUGAAUGAUAAUAAUCCUCUACAACCUGUGGUUACUAUACAUACUGGAAGUAAACCUUCUGGUAAAGGUUCUAGACCUCUUUUUGCUAAGCAGGACUUUGGAGAGACGCUCUUGGAAUCAAAAGGACAGUUGCUUUCUGAUCAUGUUUGCCUGCCCGAGUCACCAAAGAGCUCUAGAAGGCCAGCCCAGGCUACCCAGCUACAGUACAGUGCACCAGAGGAACCAUCUGCAGCAGGAACGUUGGGUCACGUCAAAACUAUAAGCAAGCCACUCCUCCCUAAAUCAUCAACAAAUGUCAUUGCUCAACUCAGAACUAUCUUUCCACACCAUACAAGUUCAGAACUGGAGAAUUUCAUUGAAGGAGUAAAAAUCAAGAAUAAGAAUAAGCUGAGUGCUGAUGAGCUGCUUAGCAGGGUAACAGAAUUUAUUCUGGAUCAUCCAAACAAGAAAAAGGCUCUUUCUUCAUGGAAAAUUGAAAAACCACCCUCCAGUGCUUCAGGACAGAACGGAAAUCAGACUCAAAAAGUAUUGAAGUCAUCAGGUCGAAAUGUGGCUAACCCAGCAAAGACUAGAGUUACUAAUGAAAACACAAAAAAGAAAACUUUGUCUUCUCAGUCAGUUCAGAUGCCUUGGAAAACUGUUGGAGGAACAUCAAAAUCAAAGUGGAAGAAACCAAGUGAUACGGAUAACGAUCCCUGCGUGAUCUGUCAUGAGGAAUUAAGUUCAGAAAUGAUGCAAAUGCUAGACUGCGGUCACAGAUUUCAUAAAUUGUGUAUUGGUCCAUGGAUUAAGGAGCACAGUACCUGCCCAACAUGUCGCCAUCAUGUUCUGUUACCUGAAGAAUAUCCUGAACUUCCUGGGCGAAAGAGAACCACUUAGACAAUGUACUAGAGAUAAGCAAGAUGUGUAUUCACAUUAGGUAGAAUAAUGGUUAUGAUUUGUGUAGUGUGCUCCUUAUAUUUAUGGAGUAGUAUAUGUUAAGUACAGUGAGUGAACUUUUAAAUAUAUUACAAUUACUGCCAUUUUUCCUUACAACUAGUCUAAUGACUUCUUCCGAGAUUUGAAAUUUUUAUUCUCUUUGCAGUAAUAAUUUGAUAUAUAUAACCAAAAGAUAAUUUCAUUGUUGCAGAACAAGUGGAUAAAUGGUCUUCAUGAUUUGCUCAAUGGCUAGUAUUUCCUUCAAUUAAAACUAUAUUAAUAAAAUUUAAGUACAUUUCUAAA